AUUUACAUAAGAUUACCUUAGGUAGGCAGGCCUGGAAAAAAAACCAGACAGGCAUUCAUGCACUAUGCACAUUCCUUUUCUCACUUAGUUAAGGAAUAUUAAACGAUAAACCUUGUCUCAGCUUUUUACCUUUACCUUUCCUAAAACCUUCUUCUUAUUUUAUCUUUCACGAUACGACAGAUCACCAACCUAAACACCUAAUCUAUAGCUAUAAUUGGUCAAAUUAAAGCUUAGGUUUCAGUGAAACUCUCAGCUUGGGCCAAGACUGAACCUCAAUCUUAAAUCACAUAUUAUUCGGUAACAGAUACCCCGCAAUCCCAUAGAGGUAGCUAACACGGAAACGCUUCGGGGGAUUCCGCUGUGACCAAGCCCUGACAAAGUUGUACGCGAGUCCGUCUGCCAUCUGCGUCUGCCCGACAAUGUCUUUAAGCGUUGCCGAUGACUCACGGCGAGGUCAUACACCCUCUCUAGCACGGGCUAGCGAAGGUUAUGACCGCCGUCGCGGCCGCGAAAGUUCCCCAUCUCUUCUUGACGCCGUGCGCAUGCCUUCCCCGCCCGCUGGAUACAGCUACGAUGACGCAGCACCUCGCCGCCCCUACCGACCAGCUUCACCUACGGAUGAAUCUAGCUAUUAUCGUACUAGCCGUAACUCCAUCACCUCGGAAGAUGGGCGACGAUAUCCAAGACGCAGCGAAGAGCGCCUGUCCAAGGGUGAUAAGGACAUGGUAGAACUGGCUCAGGAUGUACUUUUACGAGGCGCCGAUACACUACUUCCUGCGAAAUACUCGAAUAGGUUGCGUGAGUCGGAUAUUGAAAAAGAGCGGAGAAAGGAGCUUAAAAAGGAAAAAUUAGAAGAUGACUUAGCCUAUGGUAGUGCUGUUCUCUCCGUGACAACCACUAAAUACUCUGGCGGUCAUUCACCAUCGUCUCCAGGCGGGGCCGGCUAUUCUGCGCCCGGUCGGUGGGAGGAUGACAGGCCGGGAGACAAGUUUAGGUAUCCCCACGUAGACUCGGCAUAUACGCCGCCGCUUUCAGACAGACCAGACAGAUCAGACAAGCAACGUCAGCGUGAUUCGUAUGGACUGGAAAUUAGGUCUUCGAGCACUAGGAUCGUUACCGCCGAACCCGGCUUGGCUGCCCGCAGAGAUCACUCCAGACCCCCCACUGGACGGAUGUCUACGUUGACUGUCAACACGGGGCAUCAUGGAGCCUCGCUCUCGCUAUCGAGCGCGCCACCAUCGCCGCUGUUGGAGUCUUAUCGUGGUACCUACCAAUCCAUGUCACCGAUGCCGUCACCGAUGCUCCUCGCUUCGGACGACCCUAGGAGAAGCUCGGAUAUUAUUGAGCCGCUCUCGCCAACUCUUUCUGAUAGCGAGGGUAAUGGUGAGAAGAAGCGGCGCCGCGCGCGUUUCCAUGACCCUGUGGACGAUGCGGUGCGCCUAGCCAAAGCUCUCAGGGGUGAUCACUCUCCGCCUGAUACGGAACCACUCAUUGAGAUUUUACCCGGAAUGACGCAUGAGCAGAUUAUGGAGCUGCGCGUCGAAUAUAAGCGGCUAGUUAAGACUGGUCCCGAACGCAAGGGCGUCAACGUUGCUAAGCAUAUCCGGGUCCGUUUAAAGGAUGAGGAGCCUGUCCUUAUGAAGGCCUGCUACACCGUUGCGCUCGGUAAAUGGGAGUCAGAAGCGUACUGGGCAAACUUCUGGUACCAUGGCGAUAAGACGCGACGCGAGUUGUUGAUUGAGAGCCUCAUGGGGCGCUCCAACUACGAGAUAGCAAAGAUUAAGGAGGCCUUCUCAGAUAAGAAGUACAAAGAUUCACUGACGCUGUGUAUGAAAACCGAAUUGAAGGAAGACAAGUUCAAGCGUGCAGUUCUCACGGUACUAGAAGAAAAGCGAAUGGAGGACGUGGACGAGUUCGGACGGCGGCCCCCAAUCAAUCAUGAAUUGGUACGGGAUGAUGUUGAAUCCCUGUAUAAAGCCGUUCGCAGUGAUAGAGGUGGCGAAUCUGCUAUGAUCCAGGUAGUUAUCUCGAGAAGCGAUAACCACCUGAGGGAAGUCCUCAGGCUUUAUGAGAAGGUUUCCGGUACUAAUUUCGCUCGAGACGCUCUGAAGAAGAGUGGAAACCUUGUGGGCGAGCUCCUAGCUCAUAUCCUCAAUGGUGUUAUUAACAAACCUGUCCGCGACGCACUUCUUCUCCACCACGCUCUCACGGCUUCUAAGAAGGAUCAACUGCGCCGGGAACUACUCAUCUCCCGUCUCGUCCGUUUCCACUGGGACCGCCACCACAUGGCAGCCGUCAAAAGGGCCUACCACGAGCGCUACGGUGUGGAGCUAGCCAAAGCCGUAGAGGAAGGAACCAGCGGCGGGUGGGGUUUGUUCUGCCAGCAGCUGGUUGUCACUCGCAUGCCCGACGACGUGAAAAGCUUCGAGAAGGUUGAGGCCGUGCGAGAGAUCAGGCGAUCGGACCGGGAGAGGGAAGAAAGGAUUAGGGAGAGAGAGCGUGAAAUGGAUCGUGAAAGUGAGAAAGAGAGGGAACGAGAGGAGCGACAAAGACGAAAGGAAAAGGAAAGGGAGAAAGAGAGAAGUGAGGGAUUGCUUGUCGUUAGGGACCAUAAGCACAGGGAUAGAAGUCGUAGUCGAGAGACGAGCAGAAGCCGGACGCGAGAGUAAAGGAAAUUUCGGAACGAGCUGGAUUAAGUAUUGAUAUACUAACGAAGUCAAACUAUAUACAGCAGCGCUAUGGGCAAAGUCUGACUGGACGAAGGUAAAGAUGGACUAAGGUUACAUUGAAUGACAUGAUGGGUUUCUAUCUAAUUAUUUAACAAGAUCAUAUAUACCUUACGUUAAGUACUCAACUUGGUUGUGGAUAAAUUGUGAGAAAUAUUUUAUAUAUAAGAGCCCAAUAUAGAGUGGACAUGACGAGAUAUUUAUUACAUGCCCUAGCUGCCUUGUUUUUCUCUUAUUCUAGGGCUCGUAUGACCUGUUCGGUGCCGGAUAAAUGGUAAGGUAGGGCAGAGCUAAUAGCAACUGGGAAAGCUGAAGCAUUGGGCAAACAAGCCAAUUGGGCAAGACUCCAAAUACCAGAUGUAUGCCGGCAAGAUCCUAUUCGACGAGUAGCAGUAUUGAUGACGCCCGGGGUGAGGGCAGUGCUACUUUAUAAU